GAAUUAACUUUGAGUUCUUGCAUUGAACCCGACGCAUCCGUGGCCGUGCAUUGUCGUCGGAUUGAGCAAAAGUGUCUAACUCGAAUUUUCUACAGAUUCUGAAUGCAGCUCGCCCAGAUCAUCAGGUGACUACAUCGAUUCCCAUGCAUAAGACUGAAUGAGAGUCCGAGACAAUGUUUUCUGCAGCUCUUUUAACAAGACAACUUAACAACACACCAGCAGCAAAGACCUGGACCUGUCAUAUAUGGAAGCACGGUUUAACAUGGUCGCCCCAGAAUUUCUUCCACACCAAAACCAUCAAAGUGCCCGUUGAGAGUAUCCCAAACAUCUGGUGUGGCAGGCUAGCUGUGAGGAGUCACAGAUGUCAAGGAAUUCAAGAUGGUGUCCAUAGGAAUAUAAAGUUUCUUCCAUGCUUGAGGACAUUCAGUCAGUACUCCAAGACGGAGGUUACGAGGGACGUACUGCUCUACAAAAGUGACAAGACCACUUUCUUUAGGAUCCUGGGAGUGUUUGCAUGUGCACAGGUGUUCUUCUGGGGUUACCUGACUCACACAGCCUUCCUGACCAUGAAGGACACUGAUACAUACAUGAAGGUCAAGUAUGGAGAGGAAGGUCCACCAACUGAAGUGAAGAACUGGAAGUCAUGGUCAGGGAUAAGGGUGCAACUAAGCUCAGGAUUAUGGCGGUAUACUAUCACAGCACUCAGCAUCUGUGCAGGAUCUAUUAUUUUCAUAGCAUCCUUUGUGUACUCUCGGAGAUCGAUAUACCGCAUUGUCCUCAGGAAGGGUGGUGAGAGUGCCACGAUCCAGACCUACGGUCUCUUUGGCUUACCCUGGAGAUUCACUACAUCAAUCAACAACAUCUCCUGUGAACAUUCUAGAGAUGGGAUCCGUACCCAACUGCCCAUCAAGGUCAAAGGUCACAGGCUAUUCUACAUCCUGGACAAGGAAGGAAAGUUUUACAAUGCAAGGUUGUUUGAUUACAGUGUAGGUAUGCACAGGAUGUUUUGAAGCGAUGACCAAGGUUCGGAUGAACUGAAUAGACUUGAUUUUAUCUAUCAGAGUCAAAGGUCACCAGUUAUUCAACAUCCUAGACAAGUAAGGAAAGUUUUACAAUGCAAGGUUGUUUCAUUAUAGUGUAGGUACUACUUCUAUGCACAGAAUGUUCUGAAGUGAUGACCAAGGUUUUGAUGAGCUGAUCAGCCUUACGGUUGUCCAUCAAGGUCAAAGAUCAAUGGCUAUUCUACAUCCUUGACAAGAAAUGAAAGUUUUAUAAUGUAAGGUUGUUUGAUUACAGUUUAGGUAUACAUGGGAUGUUCUGAAGCGAUGACCAAGGUUUAGUAGAACUGACCAACCUCGGGAUGUCCAUCAGGUUCAAGGGUCACCAGCUAUUCUACAUCAUGGACAAAGAAGGAAGGUUUUACAAUGAAUUAAUCACAAGGGAUGGCACUGGAGAUUCCUAGAUCUUGAAUGGACAGUAUUCACUAUCCAAGAUGUCCAUAGGCUUUUUAAUCCAUACUGGUCACAUUGUUUUUCGGACUAGAAUGUCAUAAGCUUAGUGAAUUUUGAAGACAGUAUAGGAAGGUGCAGAAGGUUCUGAAUUGUCAGCUGUAACUAGACACAAUUCUGUGUUAAAUGACAUGAGAGAAAUGUUAUGAAAUUGAUCAUUUUUGUCCUGGGGUGACAAAACAUUGGGCUCUUUAUUUCAAUAAACCAGUGGCAUGUAUCAUGAGGACUUGUAUAUUUCAUCCAUUGAAUCGACCUGAUGUAAAGUGAUACCUAUUAAAAGAAAUUAUCACAUUUUGAAAAGUUCUUCAUAAUACACUUCUUUGUUUUGCAAUUAACCUUUGAUGUAUUUUGGACAGUUUCACAAAGUAAGUAGUGAUUUUGACAGAUUUGCAAAAUUGUAGAUCUUAUGGAUCAAAUUUCAUGAUUUUCAUACAUAUCAUGGUCAUGACUGUGUCCAAUUUAAUAAAAAUCAAUCAAGAAAAAUUAAAUUGAUUGCCACCAUUGAAACUAUCAAAAUUUAAUCAUACGCUACCUUGUGGGCCAGAUAAUGUAGGUAAUUUCCUUGUGCAUCUUUCGGUACCAGAAUCAUGAACAUUGACAAUGAAUAAUGACUGCAUGGACCAUUUUGAACUUGCACUUUGUCUGGAAAAAGAAAUAUAUAAUAUUUUCAUAAGUUGGUCCACACCAAUAUCCAAUACAAAGUUUUCAUGAAAUUAUAUGAAGUCCUGCUUAUUUCAUCUCCUAAGCAAUUUGAGUUUCAUUUUUCUUAAAUGAAUCAUGUAGUAGAAUACAUUCAUAGAACAC